CCAUAAGAACGGCUGUGGACACAAUCGUACAAUCGGUGGAGGUCUGUACAACGCAUGCCCAAUCCCUCCAAUUAGACCUCCCUAAUCAGCAAACAUGGAGUUUAGAUUUUAAUAUUCUCCUCCGCAGUUGCUUUCCUGAGGCUCCGUCUCUGCGCUUCCAUGGCUUCCGCCGCCGCGCCCUGGAUCUCUUCCCUCUGCCUGACGCAGAACCCUAGUUCUCUUAGUUUUAGCUCCGUGGCUUCGGAUCAUUUGCGGUUCGGUUCGCCCACCGUCGAAUUCGCCGCCGUCAAGAAGUACCGGAGAGUUGGAAUUAGAGGUCCUGUGUGCAAAGCUGCCUCCGUUGUGUUUAGCAACCUCGAUGCCGAUGAUUUUCGGCACCCUCUGGAUAAACAGAACACGCUGAUUUUGAGAGCGAUUCCGGGAUUGAAUGAGUUUGGAAAGAUUCUGCUAGGAUCUGUUGCAGAGCAAGUCAUGCUUCUUGAGAACAUCGGAACGUCCCUUCUUGUUUCGAAAGAUCAGCUUUCUGGUCUACAUCAGUUGAUGGUGGAGGCCGCGGAGAUUCUCAACAUAGAUGCUCCUGAUUUAUACGUUCGUCAAAGUCCUGUACCAAAUGCGUAUACUUUAGCAAUAAGUGGUAAAAAGCCGUUUGUUGUUGUUCAUACUAGCCUCGUGGAGCUUUUGACACGAGAAGAGCUGCAGGCUGUUUUGGCUCAUGAGUUGGGUCAUCUGAAAUGCGACCAUGGUGUGUGGCUUACAUUUGCAAAUAUUCUUACCCUCGGAGCUUAUACAAUACCUGGGCUUGGUGGGAUGAUUGCUCAGAGGUUAGAAGAACAGUUAUUUCGUUGGCUUCGAGCAGCAGAGCUAACUUGUGAUCGUGCAGCUCUUCUUGUUGCACAAGACCCAAAGGUGGUCGUCUCUGUUCUAAUGAAAUUAGCUGGGGGCUGCCCAUCUCUCGCUGAUCAACUAAAUGUGGAUGCAUUUUUGGAACAAGCUCGCUCCUACGACAAAGCUUCUUCAAACCCUGUGGGGUGGUAUAUAAGAAAUGCUCAAACGAGGCAACUUUCACAUCCUCUGCCGGUUCUACGUGCUCGUGAAAUUGAUGAAUGGUCAAGAAGUCAAGAUUACAAAACCCUUCUGAACCAGGCAACACGGGUCGCUGGUGCAAAGAAGGGAUUAACAACACCUGGAAAGAUAAAGUCAAAAUCCAUAGUACCGUGAAAAGCCCUCUGUGUGCUUCUCAUGGCAAAGAACUCAGGGAUGUGCUAAGACUUCAUCUGCUUUAAAAGUCUUGCUGCAACUAAAUUCUAGAGACCGAAGAUGCACGAGUAGUAACUCGUAAGCUGAGUACUUUCGCCUGUCCAUCUUGUGCAAAAGUCAUAUACAUAUAGGUUCUCAAGUCAUACAGUUAGGUUGUUUAUAAAUCAGAAACUUUUAAUUUGGUAAUUACUGGACGGAGUCAGGCUCGCUGAUUCUUCUUGUUUCGGUUAAAUAAACUGUAUAUACAUCAUCUACUCCUUUCUUUGUUGUAUCAAAAAUUUUUACUCGUAGAAUUACUUGACAUGCCUGUUCAGCACGCUCUGUCGAACCUGCUGCAGUUUUGAC